UUGUCCCCUCAAUUGGGUGCCUCUCCUCAAGCUAGUCACUUCUCUCUCGAUCGAAGCACAAACCUACUGCCCUUCACACGUAGUGUGUGCGCUAGUCGUGUGUCACACACACCCACAAUCUUCCAAGAACCAAAGGUUCCAAAUUAACCAACGUUCUUCACCCUGCCCAAUUCGAUCCAUCGAUGGAGGGGGGCAGCAACAGCCCGGACAGGCAGUCGUCGGGCGGCAGCCCGGAGGAGCGCGGCAGCGGCAGUGGGAGCGGGGGACGGGGUACCGGGGAACCGGUGCGGUCGCGGUGGACGCCCAAGCCGGAGCAGAUACUGAUCCUCGAGUCCAUCUUCAACAGCGGGAUGGUCAACCCGCCCAAGGACGAGACCGUCCGCAUCCGCAAGCUGCUCGAGCGCUUCGGCGCCGUCGGCGACGCCAACGUCUUCUACUGGUUCCAGAACCGCCGCUCCCGCUCGCGCCGCCGCCAGCGCCAGAUGCAGGCCGCCGCGGCGGCAGCUGCAGCAGCCGCCUCCUCCGCUGCCAACAGCAGCUCUCCCGCGGCGACUUCCCCCGUCGGCUUUCCGUCUGCUGGUGCCGUCCAUCCUGCCUUGGCCAUGGGAGGGAGCGUCUGCCAGUAUGAGCAGCAGGCGAGCUCCUCGUCGUCGUCUGGUCCGUCUGGAAACACGGGAGGCUCAUCGCUGGGGCUAUUCGCGCUCGACGCGGGAGUGUCCGGCAGCGGCGGUGGGUACUUCCAGGCGUCGUGUGGCGCUUCUUCGCCGCUGGCCUCCGGGCUGAUGGGGAACGUGGACAGCGGCGGCGGCUGCGACGAUCUCUUCGCCAUCUCGCGGCAGAUGGGGUUCACGGAGAGCCCCGUCGCCUCGUCGUCGGUGGCGCCGAGCACCGCCGCGCACCAGCAGCAGCAGUAUUACUCAUGCCAAUUCCCUGCAGCGACGAUCACGGUGUUCAUCAAUGGAGUCCCAACGGAGGUUCCGAUGGGUCCAAUAGACUUGCGAGCCAUGUUCGGCCAGGAUGUGAUGCUCGUCCACUCCACCGGGGCCCUCCUCCCAGUCAACGACUAUGGAAUUCUAACUCAGAGCUUGCAAAUGGGUGAAAGCUAUUUCUUGGUCACCAGGCCAACUUAGAACUGCCCGUAGCUAGAUUACAAAAGUCUCUACUCAUCAAUAUACUCAUUGGAUCAGAUGGAAUGCAGUUCAAUCAUAGCAGGAUGCUUGCUUGCAAAUGAUAUAUCCAUCAUUCAUCGUCCAUCGAGAAGAGAAGCUAGCUAGCACAAGAAAUAUAUAUUUAUUGUGCAUUGCACCGUCAAGAAGUACUUAUAUGCCCUUACAACUUAGGAAAGCGUGGGCGGCCGAGUUUCUCAAUUAGAUUACGAAUUGUCUUCUCAUCAUUUUCGUUACUCAAGGAUAUGCGUGUUCAUGCAUGUAUCCCCUUGACAGU